UCGGCCAAUGUAUAAUUCGGUAGCGAGGUAAGCUGAUGUAUGAAUGGUUUGUACAGACGCUAUGGAGAGAGAAACUGUAGAAGAAGGACAAGAGCAGCUUCUAUGGAGCAGAGAAACAGUACCUAGGGUUUUGAAGAUCGUUGGCACGCGACUGCCUCAGAGAGACCUCAUCUCUGUACUCCUCGUUAGCCCUUGGCUUCACCGCACUCUCGUCUCCUACCCCUCCCUCUGGCUGGUUCUUGAUUUUCAUGAGAUGAAUAAUGGUGGUGAUCGACUUGUAUCGGCUCUGUCACUGCCUAGGUAUCACCAUGUGAAGCACAUAAACCUUGAAUUUGCACAAGAUAUUGAAGACAGACAUCUUGAUAUCCUCAAUAGCAAGCAUUUAGAUUCCCUUCAAAACCUGGAGUCAUUAAAUCUGAAUGGCUGCCAAAAGAUCUCUGACAAGGGACUUGAAGUUAUAACGGCUGCUUGUCCUAGACUGAGGGUCUUCUCAAUCUAUUGGAAUGUAAGGGUUACAGAUAUUGGUAUAGAGCAUUUGGUGAAGAAUUGCAAACACGUAGUUGACUUGAACUUGAGUGGCUGUAAGAAUAUUUUAAACAAAAGUUUGCAAUUAGUUGCUGACAAUUAUGAAGAAUUGGAAUCAUUGAACCUCACCAGGUGCAUCAAACUAACAGAUGGGGGUUUGCAAAAGAUAUUAUGCAAGUGCAAUUCUCUUCAGAGUCUAAAUCUCUAUGCACUUUCAAGCUUUACAGAUGAGGCUUACAAGAAGAUAUCACUUUUGCCCCAUCUUAGAUUCUUAGACCUCUGUGGUGCUCAGAAUCUAUCUGAUGAAGGACUUUCUUGCAUAGCCAAAUGCAAGAAUCUGGUCUCUCUUAAUCUGACGUGGUGUGUACGUGUCACCGAUGUGGGGAUCAUAGCCAUUGCACAAGGUUGCAGUUCCCUUCAAUUUCUUAGUUUGUUUGGAAUUGUUGGUGUCACUGAUAAGUGCCUGGAAGCCCUCUCAAGGUUCUGCUCAAACACACUUUCUACUCUCGAUGUGAAUGGAUGCAUUGGCAUCAAGCGACGGAGCCAUGAAGAACUGCUUCACUUGUUCCCAUAUCUGAGGUGCUUCAAAGUGCACAGCUGAUCUUAUGGUUUAUGGAAGUGGCAAAAUGAUUUUCUCCUUCCAUCAAGGUGGAUAUUACUGUUUGCAAAUUUUGGAGGCUAAUGAUGUAGACUUGGACAACUGUUGCCGAUUAUGUAGUUAUACAUGAAUGGUGGAAGAUACUCAAGAUAUGAAAGAGAGAGACAUGAGAUUCUUCGAUGUAUAAUGCUACUGUACAAAAUAAACUUCUUGGCUCUUUAUUAUUUAUUUUGUUUUUGUGAUGUUGGUUAACGAUAUAGUCUCUACCUGAUAACAUAAAUACUACUCAUAUUUGACUAAAGAGUACAAUUGACAAGUUGGGGAAGCAGAAGUUCUUUAUUCGAUAGGUCCCUCACGAAAGGAUUGAUCUC